AUGGACUGACUUCAGUGAAUUCAUUAGCGGGCUCUUAGGCCAGGAGGAGGGAAGGUCCUGCCUGAACCCCAGGCUCAUCACUGGAGGGUCCAUCUCCAGCAUGAACACAGAGGCUGCCUCCUGCACUUCAAGAGGCCGCGCCAAAUCUUUGCAUGGAUUAGUCGUUAACAAUGGGGUUAAUAAUGAUAAUGACACAAAUGUCCUGUGCCUGCAUGAGCUACACUUAGGAAAAUCUGCCAGCACCAGUGCUGUGGCCAGCAUCCUCACCUUCCACAGUGUGGUACCCAGCUAUCUCAGCACCUCUGCCAAGGAUGCUGCAGAUGUUGUCCAGCAGGUCUCUUUUCCUGCCAUCUCAGGAGCAAGGCUGGUGAAUGAUGUGCAGCAAGGAAUCACAGCUGUGAACAACCAGCAAAUUCCUGGGAGGAGAGCCGGGUACCAGAUGCCGUGGAACACGUCUUUGCAGUGGUGCAGUCUGAGGCAGCUCCCUGGGAUGUUCUGCCUUCGGCAGGAGCAGAAGGAAGCUAAGCCAGGGCUCAAUCCCGGGGUCGAGAACGGGGAGGAGGCGGAGGCGGGCGGGGGGCGCGGCGCCUCGUUACGGCGGCGGCUGCUGCGGGAGGUACCGGGCGCCGCGGCGGCGAGCGGAGCCCGGCAGCAGCCGCCAGCCCCGGGGUAUGCGGGUAAGCGGGAGAGGAACGCGGAGGAAGGCGAAGAGCGGCGGGGAGCGGGACGAGGGAGCCCGGCCGAGCCCUCCCGAGCGGCAGAGGAUGCGCCGAGCCCCGGGGAGUCGAACCCAGCUGCAGCGCGGCGCGUCCCUCCCGGCCGCCGCCCAAGCCCGCGGAGGUAA